AUGGCGGAGGGCUUGGUACACAGAAACGAAGGAGAGAACCUCUGGAAGACAGGUCUUAAUUAUUUCAAGGAGUUAGUAUCGAGAUCUUUUUUUCAAGAAUCAAGCAGCAACAGUUUGUGGUUCUCGAUGCAUGAUCUUCUGAAUGACCUCGCAAAGUCAGUUACUGGCCCGACGCACUUUAGCUCACGGGGGUUUGACUCAGAGAGCAAUGAGAGUAAUGCAUCUUCAGCUCAUCAUGCAUCCUUCAUUUCGAGCUACGGAAUUGCAUCCGAAAGAUUUACGAUGUAUCACAGAAUGAAGCGACUAAGAAGCUUCAUCUCAUUGCCACCGCGACCCAGGAAGUUCGCGAUGUUGCAUUUGUCCCAAAGCGUGCUAGGUGACUUGCUGUCAGACUUGAAGUAUUUGAGGGUGUUUUCGUUGAGUCAUUAUUGCAUCAACGCGAUACCAGACUGUGUAGGUAAAUUGAGGCAUCUGCACUAUCUUAAUUUAUCUUACACUGAGAUUGAAAGGCUUCCUGAAUCCAUCGGUGGGCUGUUCAACCUAGAGGCUUUGAUAUUACGGGGUUGCCCAUACCUUGCUGGAUUGCCUCAACGUGUUGAGAAGCUGAUUAAUUUACGAUUUCUCGACAUUCGAGAAACCCGGAGCCUACAAACCAUGCCACGACGUAUAGGUAACUUGGUGAAUCUUGAGAUUUUGUCCAAGUUUAUUGUGGGAACAGAGAACGGGCGGAGGUUAAAGGAGUUAAAACACCUUGAGCAACUUAGAGGGGAACUGUUAAUCUCUGAUUUGCAUAGGGUAAAAGACGCUGGAGAUGCUAGGGAUGCUAAUCUACAAAUGAAGCGUGGAAUUGACCGGUUAAUCAUGAAAUGGAGCGAACCCCUUGUAGAUUCGCGGAAGGCAGAGCUUGAAAUGAAGGUCGUUGACUUUCUUCAGCCUCAUAAAGACCUUCAAGAUCUCACAAUCUCCCACUACAGCGGCAUUGAUUUCCCUUUCUGGUUGGGAAAUCCAUCGCAUCUCAACAUGGUCUCUUUGCGCUUGUGUGGCUGUCGUAACGUCGGCUCAUUACCAUCACUUGGGCUGCUAUCCUCCCUGAAAGAACUGCACAUCGAAGGUCUGGAUGCUGUGUGCUCGGUGGGCUCCGAAUUUUACGAAACUAUAGAGCCUUUUCCAUCAUUAACAACUUUGGAGUUCAAGGAUAUGCCAUUCUGGCAGGACUGGACUCAUGUUAAUGGUGCCGAAGAUACAGAAGUGCCGUUCCCUUGUCUUCAGUAUCUAAUGGUCCGCAAUUGUCCCUUGUUGAAGGGACGAUUGCCAGAAAAAAUAGAUGCCCUUGUGAGGCUUGAUAUCGAUUCAUGUCUCUCCGCAAGCUAUACUUCAGAGGCUGACACAGAUUAUGCUCAGAAUCUUGCUUGCCUGAAGAGCCUGGAUGUCACAAGUUGCCCUCAGUUCGUAUCUUUUAUAGCUGGAGAAAGUGAUAAAGAGUUGCCUAGCCGCCUUGAAGCUAUGAAAUUGAGCGAUUGUUCAAACCUAGAGAAACUUCCAAACAAGAUGCACAAUCUGGCCUCUCUUCGUAGCUUGAUCGUUCUUAACUGUCAAAACUCCGGUCCUUUCCAGAGACCGAUUCGGGCCACCAACACCACGGUCCACGUCCAGUGGCUUGAAGAUGUAAGAAUUUUCUAUUGUGAGCAAUUGGGAAGCUUGGCCCGGAGCCUGCACAAGCUCUCCCACCUCACUCGCUUGACGAUAUUUGGGUGCGCCGCUCUGGAGCUGGAGCACUUCCCUCCACUUCCUGCCAGCAUAUCCGAGUUCAGCCUCUGGAGUUGCCCGAAUGUAAAGUCUCUACCUGAUAAAUUACAUCACCUCACAUCCCUCCGGAGCCUAUAUAUUGUCGAUUGCGAGAACAUCAAAUGCUUUCCUGAGGGAGGGUUGCCUCCCAAUAUAGAGACCUUCGAGGUGAGGGUCUGCGUGAACAUGGAGCAGCAUGUGGGAGAGUGGAGCUUGCACACACUCGCGUCGCUCCAAUCUUUAUGGAUCGACGGGAGUGUUGGCGGACUUGGAGAUAUGGUGUGCUUUCCUCCAGACAGCGACGGCAACGACCAUGAUAUCCUCCCUUCCUCUCUCACCUAUCUUAAUCUCUCCGACAUGAGGAACCUAGAGAGUCUAUCAAGUGGCCUCCCUUGCUCUCUCCAGCGCUUAUACACUCGUGGAUGCUGGAAGCUGAGGUGCUUUCCCAAGGCCGGCCUUCCUUCCUCGCUUGAGCAUUUGUCCAUCGGAGACUGCAAACUUCUCGAAGAGCGAUGCUCAAAGCACGCCGGCGACUACUGGCACCUCAUCAAAGAAAUCCCGACCAUCUACAUUAAUAAUGAUCUGAUCUCAUGA